AUGUCCGGCCAGCCGCGCGGAUACACCGACCUCGACGCGCCCUACAACGCCGGGGGCAACAGCGCCUGGCUGGAGAAGCAGGAGAGCCGUAGCAAGCGUUCGAAGUGGAUUGUCAUCGGUUCCUUCCUCGGUCUGCUAGGCCUCAUUGCCAUCGGUGUCGCCCUCGGCGUGACAUUGUCGAGGAAAUCGUCGUCGUCCAGCAAGAGCAGCUCAUCUGGUGCUGUCAAUCAGACCGACCCUAAUGACCCGAGCACGUUCGAGAAGAACCCGAACUUGCAUCAGUCGUUCUAUGGCAUCGCCUAUACACCUGAAGGGUCGCAAUACCCGGCCUGCGGCAACAGUCUUGACCAGGUCAUCACUGACAUUCAGCUCCUAUCCCAGCUUACUACGCGCAUCCGGCUUUACGGCGCCGACUGUAAUCAAUCCGCUCUCGUUCUCGAAGCCAUCAAGCAGACCAAGGUCAACAUGACCGUCUGGCUCGCCAACUACAACAUCCCGACCGACAAGACGCCGUACACCCGCCAGAAGCAGGCCAUCCAGGAGGCCAUCCAGACCUACGGCACGGACCACAUCGGCGGCGUGACCGUCGGGAACGAGUUCAUGCUCAACUACUUGAACGCCAACGGCGCGUCGGACCCGAACAGCGCGGUCGGCAACCAGGGCGCGGCACUGCUCAAGGCGGACAUCGACGACACGAAGCAGAUGCUGAAGGAUAUGAACGUGAACCUCCAGGUCGGGAACGCCGAGGCGGGCAGUUACUUCAAUACGUUGGUGCUUGAGGAUGUCGACUACGGCAUGUCGAAUGUCCACCCCUGGUUCGCGAAUGUCUCAAUUGACCAGGCUGCGGACUGGACAUGGGAGUUCUUCGACGAGCAGAACGUCGAGCCCGCUAAGGCCCUCUCCAACUCGCCGAAGAUGUACAUUGCAGAGACCGGUUGGCCUUCGAAUUCAUCUGACGCUGGAAACGAGAGCAACGGGCCAUCGACGGCUUCGACAGCUAACCUUCAGACUUUCCUCGACACGUUCGUAUGCCAGGCGAACCAGAAUGGCACCGGUUACUUCUACUUCGAGUACUUCGAUGAGAUCUGGAAGGACCAACAAUUCGGUGGUGUCGAGGGCUGGUGGGGUCUCUUCUACGCGAACCGCACCCUCAAGCCUCUCACCAUCCCUGACUGCCAAAGCCCAUAA